AUGACGUGCGGGUGUCUUCUUGUAUUUUCUCUUAUAGUCAUGGGAGGUUUGUCCAUGCGUUUUUUAAUAGGGAAUAAGAAAAAGCCUGUACUUAAUGUCUACCGUAUGCAAGGUGAAUUCUAUCUACUGAAGUAUUUUAUUAUGUUGUCUAUGUUACGCGUUAGAAAGAUUAAAAUGAUAUUAUCUAGACUAUUGGCACCAAAGAACAAUGAAGCAAUAUUUUCGAGUCUAGAUCAACCUCAACCUCUCUCAACCAAUGAACACGCUGUUGAUGCUGUAUAUUUCAAUGGAACUAACUCUGAAACUACGUGGCUCGUUUGUGGUACUGCUAGACGAAAGAACAAUCUAGUCAACGGAUUUUUAUACUUGAAAGUUCAAGAUUUUAGUACACGGUUGCUUGUGUCACCGAGACUUCCAGAUACGUGCAUGUGGCAAUUAGACCAUGAACUUGGACGCUACGAAGCAGAAGGCCUGAAGCUGACACCCAUCGUACCAAUGAAGAAAUGGAAAAUUGAGUAUCAAGGAAUCAUGCGAUUUGAAGAUGAUUCAUCCUUAAACAUGAAAGUAACCCUUGAAGCAUUUUGGACAUCCAAUCUUCCAUAUUACAACUUUGCAACCGAUAUGGAUCCUAAUCCGGUUGCAUCUGCGAUGGCUAAAGAACUGUGGACCAGACAAUACUUCAAAAAUUUAAAAAAGUAUCAUCAGACCCAUUACGAGCAGUUUGGGACCCUUGAAGGAAAGGUUCAAAUAGAAGGCCAAACAUUUCCACUGUCCAUAGAUUGCAUGCGAGAUCAUAGUUUUGGAGACCAAAGAAAUUGGAAAAAUUUUCAUAGAUAUGUCAUGCACUUUGUUCAUUUAGAAAAUGGCGAUCGAAUUACAGUGGGUGUUAUAUGCAUGCCAAUAACUUUUUCGAGACUUGAAGUUGGAUUCAUUACCAAUUCAAAAGAGUUGAUAAAUCAUCCUAUAACGAAUAUUGAUUUUGAUCUAUAUCAACAUGGAGAACACGGCAAACCGCCUGUUGACUAUGCUUUACAAUUUAAAGCAGGGAGUGAAACAUACAUCAUGCAAGUUCGUACUCUCUCCAGUCCAGAGUUCUACAUUGGUCAAGAAAGCGAGUGCAGGAUUGUAGAGCAGCUGUGCCACUUUGAAGUAAAUGGCAUGAAAGGGUGGGGUGCAGCUGAAUGGCAAUACCGUCAUUAUGGAGGACUCCCGAAUCAAAAAAGAAUGAAAUGA